UUUGAUUCACUCGUGAUUUCGGCAUCCUUAGACUUCGUUUUUAUGUGUGUUAAAGAGGGAAUGUCGAUGACCGUAGUAAGAGCAAGUUUCUUAUUCAACUGUGACGGCAGUUGCUGUUUUUUUAAUUAACCACGCUAAGUGUACACCAUCUGAUGUUGAGACUUCACCGUAGAACCCUUAAAUUGGAGGGAACUUGUCAGAUAGACUUAUGGAGUUAUGGAGGAGCUAGAGAUAGCAAAGAAGAAGCGGAAAGUUGAUGGUGGAGGUGCUGCCUCAACGCCAAACCAUGUGAUGACCAAUGGAGAUUCUAUUGGAACAAGCGAUGCAGCUUCCACUCGACCACUUUCCCAUCUGCAAUUUAAUCCGUCCAGAUUUGACCGACUCCGCCAGAUUACAAUUGACUGUCAAAAGAAUUUUCUCCCUCAACCUAAACCUAACGGCAGCAAGAUACUUCGAUGUAAAGGACCUGCAAAGGAACCGAACCCGGAGAUACACUCGUCGAACGAUGCAAACAGCCCAAGCCCUGAUCUCAUUAUAUCGUCCGCUGGCUCAUCACCGGCUCAUUCGCCUAAACCAUUAGAUUUCAAAAUGUUGUCUACGCCUCCGCGGUCGAGUAAACUGGGAGAUACGAAUCUUCCGAUACUUGAAAACACUUCAGAACUAACCUCCUCUGAUCGCCAAAAGGCGUGUGUCAGACUUGUGGCGAAAUUAGACGAAUCUUCAAGUAAAAAGCUUUCUAAUGGAGUCACCACGGAUGCUAGGACUUUAAAUCAGGAUUCCUUGGUGGAAGUUUUGGAAGAAGGCGAUCAAACGUGCCCCUUAAACCCUGGCGCUAAGCCUGUCCAUGUGAAUGGGGAAAUCAAUUUUUUAGAAGGGAACAAAGGGCCAGCGGAUAAUGAUAAAACUACUGUGAAGGAUCGAAAUUCACCGUCUUUUUCAGACCUGGCUCCCAGUGCUAACGCAGAGGAAACUACAAAGGACUUCAAUUUUAAUUCAGACGAAUUCAGACAAAUGGUCAAGAAAAUGAUCCAAGAGAGGAUGAGUCAAAUCCAGCAGUCAAUGGAUGAUGACAGCCCGAACGACAAGCUCUCCGUUAGGCUAGCUGCACUUGAGAAGGAGAACAAAGCAUUGAAAGAGUACGCAAAGAGAGUAGAAGAUUCUGUAAAAACGAUUUUAAAAGCUGAGAGCUUAAAAGCAAAGAAACGAGAAACUAAAGCUGUUCAAACCCAAGAUCUUAACUGGAUGAACGCUCUGCGCACGAAGACUGUGAACGCACCAUCUCCCCCAGCGAGUUUAACAGCUUCCAGGCCCUCAAAUGCUAGUAUCAAUGUUAUGACUACACCAACACCACGGCUCACCUCCACCGUAGCACCUUUGCCUGGUCACACAGUACCGCAAUCAGCUCCCGUUAACUAUCGCCCUGCGACUCAGAGGCAGUCGGAGCCUGUGCGUCCUCGUAUCCCUGUUGCGUCAAACGUCUCGCCUCGUCCACAAGCACCUAUCGCGUCGGGAGCCAAUUACGUCCCUGGGCCAGCGCUCCGACCCACACCCACUCAGGCGGCAGUGCCAAGGGGUCCUGCUCCACCUGUGCGCCACUUCUCUUCGGGUCAGUCAGGGUUUAAUGGCGUAAGAGCCCCUCCUCCGCCAAGUGUUCAGCCACCAAGGCCGAUGAUGAGGAUACAGCGACCCAUCACUAGCCUUCCUGGACCACGUAGUGUUGCUCCGACCCGAAACCUAAUGUCUCCAUAG